AUGUCUCUGGAUGAAGAUGCCCUGGAGACCGCUGCCAAUGGUGGCUGGAUGGACGCGUAUGUUCCUCUCCCCUCCUGCCCAUCGCUGCGCUUCCUGACCUCCUAUCCCAAUCGUCUACAAUGUCUUUGCCAUGCCAGAACCUCCCCACGAUUCCCCCCCGUGUCUCUAGGUGCCAAUAAGGACGUUCCCGACUCUCAACCUCAACCAUCUACACUCCCCGCGCCGCUUCAGCUCCUCCUGGACUCCAUUCGGUCCAACUUGCGAUCGCUAUUCUCCUCCAAACCUCCGCAUACAAUCCAACGACUGGCGGAGCUUAUCCUGCAUCCAAAUGCGCACUACCGGACUCUCCCCGCUUACCUGCGCGCAGUGGACCGCACCAUCUCCGUCACGAGCGGCGCAGAUGUCUUCCCUCUCCAGAUGCAAGAAGCUACCAGUCAGCCCAAUGGCGUCGUAAACGGAACAGACAAUACCUUCCUCCUCUCGGACCAUGCUCUCGGCAGCGACGAGUCCUUGGGCGGAGCUCUUUUGACCCCUAUUCCCUGGUUGAGUAACGCUGCGUCGCCUGGAGCGGAAGAUGGGGCUGUUGAGACCGAAGGCUAUGAAUCCGCCUCCGCAGCUCCUCAAGCAGACCAACAGUCGCCCCAGCAGGAAUCAGAACCAUCAACCGACACCUCCUCGCAGCAACCCAACCUCCCCUCUCAGUCGGAACCUGUAGCGGUAGAGAAUCAAGCAACGGAGGGCGCGGGAUCCCCACCGGCCGAAUUUUCAGAAGAUAUACCACACGCACGAGGCCCACGUCUCCUCGGCGUGGCGGACUUGGGUCUCCAAGACGGUAAAGGAAUUGAAAUGACGCUCCUGGACACCGAACAGCAAUCCAGUACGCAACCCGAUGAACAGCAACAGCAACAACAACAGCCCUCCCAGCCAACCCUGGGUAAUGACUCCGAUCAGACCGCGGCCCAGAGAAAUGCAGACGGCGAUGGGGAUAUAGUUCUUGAGGACGCCCAGAGGGCCAAGGAGGAGGAAGAGGAGACCCCCCGUGUCGACGGAUAA